AUGGGUGGUGUCUUCUACCAUGAGGAGCCACCAAACCACACCAAGAGAUGCAGAUUCCUUGCAGGGACUCUGAAAGAAGUAUUUUCCCACUGUCAAACUUUUACUCGGAGGCUCUCAACUACAAGCCUUGAGGAGGAGUGUCCCAUCAUUAAUGAUGUUGAUGAGGUUGUUGUUUCAGCGGUUAGAAGCCGAGUCAUGGAGAAACAAAAGCACAAGCGAAGCCCAUUGAGAGAUGGCUUUUCUUGGACAUAUUCUCCUGCAACAAGGGAACUGUACGUGACAAUGGCAGCACAACCAAGGGUGGUGAUAGGUGAUGGAGAAUAUGAUGAAAGAGAAGAGUUUUUUUCCGUUAAAAGUUGUCUGUCAUGUUGUUCUUCGAGUGUUGUGAGUGACCAAGCAUUUUUUUCUGUGAAAACCAACCUGUCUCGAUGUUCAAGCAUGAGUAAGGUUGACAUGUCAGAGUAUUGGAGGCGUUCAAUAAUGCAAGAGUUUUGCCACUGCGAAGGAUGGCCUUUUGGGCUGUGCCGUAAAGCUGUGUUACUUCCACCACUGCCUAAGUCACCGUCUGAGUCAUGGUUGUCGCGAAAAAUACAAUUAAGUACCAAAAUUAUCUGA